GGUAUGCUGUGUCCCUCACGAGUGCAGUGGCAGGGUAUGCCAUGGCACUCUCCAACAACCACAUCUGCCCUGUCCACAACUGGAAUUACAACCAGUCAUGCGACAUGGAUGCGCUGGACCACAUCCCCCUCGUCAGCAAGUGUGGCACCCUGCCUCCUGAGAGCUGCUUCUUCAGCCUCAUCUGCAGCCUGGGCUCCUUCAUGGUCAUCCUGGUGGGACUGCUGCGCUAUGCCCACCUCCUGGAGCGCCUGGGGCCAUCCCUCCUCAACACUCUGGGCCUGGCCACUGGCUGGGUCUGUGCUGCUGGCCUCACCAUGGUUGGAAACUUCCAGGUGGAUCAUGCCAAGGUGCUGCACUACAUCGGGGCAGGAGUGGCCUUUCCCACCAGCAUGCUGUUCCUGCUCCUGCAGUCCAUCCUCACCUACCGCAUGGCCAAAACCCGAGGGCAGUACUGGACUGGCCAUUUGCGUAGCAUCCUCACCACCGUGGCCUUCUUCACCCUUGUCUUCAGUGGUGUGUUCUUCAUUCAGGAGAGCUUUGUGCUGCAGCAUGUGGCUGCCCUGUGCGAGUGGAUGUUCAUCAUUGAUGUCCUGGUCUUCUAUGGCACAUUCACCUUUGAGUUUGGGGCCAUCUCCACAGACACCUUCCUG